GCCUCUCCUUGGCCUGGUAGUUGCUUGGUCGUGCAGUUGGGCGCACGAUGAAGGCUCCCAGUAUCUACAGAGCAGCCGUUGUGGGAGUAGUGGUGUGUUCAUGCACACAAGAGGCAGCCGGCUUCACGGCGGCAGCGCCGCGUGCUGCGUCGAGGAGAGGGCGAGCACAAGCAGCAACAUCUGCUCUGCGAAACGCACCAACGAGCUCUGGAUGCGGCCUUAGCGGGAUCGCCUCACGAGCGGCGUGCCGCGGCCCCGCUCCCCUGUUCAUGGAUUCCAGCUCGUACUCGGGAGAGUACCCUUCUCGUCGCGGCCUUGUGUUCCCUACGGACAAGGAGGAAGGCUGGUUCGACAGCGCCAGCGUGGGCUCGCCGAGGGUGCAUAGAUAUUACCACGACGAAGGGAACCGCUGGGUGAUGUGGUACCACGGCCAGGACACCGAGUGGAACAAGGAGGGCAAAGGCGUAAUGAACGUCGGCACAGGAAGGAUCGGGCGGGCGGAGUCGACGGAUGGGCUGACCUGGCGACGAACGGCCGGACAGAUGGCUAUGUCCUCGGUGCUCGACAAGAACACCGAACAGUGGUGGGGUUUCGACACCGCGCACGUGGGGCUGGGGGACGUUAACCUAGGGGCGAGCUCGAGGGUGGCGACGGAGUCGUCCGUGUACUUUAUGUACUACUUCGGGGGAGACUACGAGGAGACGGACGUCCAGGCGGAGUUUGGGUUGAGCAACCCUGUUGUCUGCGGGGACAGCAACGCGCCUCCCAAAGGAGUUCGAAUGCGUAUCGGCGUCGCCCUCUCCCAGGACGGGCUCAACUGGUGCCGCGUCGAGGGAGAGCACCCCACGGGGGCUUGCGUCGACGUCGGGGGCUCCGGCGAAUGGGACAGGCUGUUCGUGGGGUGGCCCGUGGUGAUCAACCACAUGGAGAAGGAGUUCCGCAUGUACUACCACGCCCUCGACCCUGACACCAAGAAGUUCAGGGUCGGAAUGGCGACAUCGCAAGACGGGCUGGCUUGGGAGAAGAAGGGGCCGGUCUUUGACGGGGGGCCGGAAGGCUCUUUCGACGAGCGGGGGGCGGGGCGCCGACGAAUCGUGAUGCACAAGGGGGUGUACCAUAUGGUGUACGAAGGCGUUGACAAGGACGGGGUGCACGCGCUGGGCCUGGCCACCAGCAAGGAUGGUAUCAAGUGGGAGCGACACAGCGACCAGCCUAUCUUCGAGCGCAGCCCUCCCGGCAGUGGCGCGUGGGAUGCCGGAGGCGUGUCCAACCCCGAAAUCGUUGAAACCGACGGCGGGAUGUGGUACCUCUACUACUCCGGAUACCCCGAGAAAAAAGAAGGCGGGGAGGGGGAGGGCGCAGGGGUCUUUGGCAAUUCCGCCAUUGGCGUCGCAGUGGCAGUCGGUGACGACUUGACCAAGUGGACGAGGCUGGAGACUUGA